AUCUAUGCACUUAAUUCAUGUUCUACUUUGAGUAUCAUCUUGUUCCCUUGACCACUUCUAGGAAUGAGCUUUUAGGAGGAAAAUAUAGUACAAAGACAAGCUACCACGCUGCUAGUACUUAGUCUUGUCUGCCUGUAACGUCUUAUAGCACAACACUUGCUCAUCUCCCUCACAUACUUGACUUGACUGCACUGAACUUCACGUCACUAUCACUUCACGUCACGUCACUGCACUUAGCUUCACUGCAUUUCACUUCACUUCCCGUCACUUCCUCUCACUUCACUUCCCUUCACUUCACUUUGCUCCUUUACUUUGGUUCAACUUCACUUCACUAAAUAGUUCGGUGGAGAGGUAAGUUUACGCUACGUACACAAUAAUAAGAUGUUAGCAAAGUUGUGGCGUCACAAAGGUUCCGGAGAGGCGCGGGAGAGACCUCAUGCACAGCAGAGACCUCAUUCACAGCAGAGACCUCAUGCACAGCAGAGACCUCAUGCACCGGAGAGGCCUGAGACGGAGGAGCACUUCAUCUUCUACGAUGAUCCGGGGGAUCUGGUAUGGUUAUAUUGCAUUUCCUUUCAGAAUACUCCACUAAUAUUGCUUCUACGAUGAUCCGGGAGAUUUUCCGGGAAAUUUUAGAGAGUAUAGAGCACUUCUUUGCAGAAUUGAGUCAAAGUUCAUUCUUUCGUCCUUAUUAUCCUCUUCCUGAAGAAGAGGAUGAUCAAUUAAAUUUUCAAUCCUCCUCCUCCAGGAGGCUCCUCAACAGCAAAGUUCGUCCUUAUCCUUUGAUGAUGAGACAUCCAUUCGUUCAAAUCAGGCCGCUCGCAGCACGGACAGGCCGCGAGGUGGGUCUAAGGUGUCCUUGGGUGGUGCUUCCAGCAGUGGUUCAGCUUUGUGUCGGUUGUACGAACCGCCACCCAAGCUACUGGACGAGUCCGGAGGUCGUAAAAGCCCUUUGCAGAUACGGCAGGAAAAAGCAAUGCUUAAGGCUUGGGACAUGUUGUCUAAUUCAUAAAUCUGAAGUAGUUAACGCAAGUAAAUCGAGAUCGACUCACUCGCUCAUUCAUAAUUGAGAGGCAAUUCAUCACUCGUACUUAGAGCGCAUCUUUCCUCUUACUUAAGAGGGUGCUGCGUCUUUGAAAGAUCCACUGCUCUCUUACUACUGUUUUCAAGGGAAAAUAUAUAAUUUCACCGAGUACUGUUUUCAAAGGGAAAGCACGGCAGAGAUGACAAUCUCCAAGAUGAAGGUCAAAUAUAUGUGAAUUUAGGAUUACAACUAGGUAAGGAGCUCUAACAUUGACAACGCUUCGCUGGGGAAUAAAGUGAUGCAGCUUAUUGGAGGGACUUUGGCGCCCCAGCACUAUGGCGAGAAGCUUGAGGUGAGUGAUGCAUCAUGUGAAGAAGCAAGUGGAGGUCAUCCUCAGCAUGGUGGUGGCAUGAAUGCGGGUGAAGGCUCCGAGCCCGAGGACAAGCAGGUAGAAGUGAAUCUGGGAAGGCUGACUGCUGGGGCGUUGCGGAUUUCCUCCGUUCAUGCGGGGAAACUUCAGCAGAGUGCGGGAAAACUUGUGAGUCCCUCUAUUGCAGAAGCCGACAAGGGGGACAAGGACAACCAGAAGGAGAAGAGUGCUGUAGUUGAAUCUGCGGCGGAGCAGGAAAAAAAGGAGGAAAGUAAGAAGUCUUCAGCAGGUCAACAUGGCGUUGGCGACCAAUACCAAAAGAAAUCGUCGAAAAAGAAGGAGCAAGAGAGAGAGUACGUUCGUCUUUUCGAGCCGUCUGCUGCAGUCCUGAAAACGCAAUUAGAACAUCAGGAGGAGACGAACAUUGCCAAGCAAGUUGGGGACGCCAUGACCAACUGCAUCGAUUUUCUGAAGGAUCAGACGCACUAUCCAAAGUUUACCAAGAUGAAGCAAGGCCAAGUUUUAUUACCUGGAGGUACCGACGCGUCGGCAUUGACUGGGGAGGAAGCGAAUCAAAAACUCAUGGAAGAGCACAAGAGGCAACAAUUGGAAAAAAUCGCGUCGCAGUUGAACCAGACAUCUUCUGUUAAGGCUCAAUACUAAUUCAAGGCAUUUUCCGCCCAAUAGAUGUUCAAUAAGUAUUCAUUUCUACGCACAAGGCAUUUUUGUUUUUCCCUCUACUUUCCUUUUUAGGAUUCAUUGGGAGAAAUGCAGACCACAAGAAAUGAAUUGCUUCGAAGACUCUAAUUCAGGUGGCAGAGAUUCCUCAACAUCUGCUUCCGGUGGUGGCAAAGCAGCUUCCUCGACGGUGCAUAAUCCGAUAUUGGACCGUGCUCUGUCUCAGGUCGGCUUACAUCCGACCGAGGUGCAACAAAAAUAUCGAGAGUCCAGGCGAUCAACGACUUCUACUCUUGGUGGGGUGUAUCUGGAUGACGAUAAUGAAGAUGGCGCAGUAAAAACAUCAUUAAUAUCUACUAAUGCGAAUAUGUUGAACGACGCUGGAGGAGGUACUCCGAACAAAAAUACAAGAAAGCGAGGGUCUACUUCUUCAAUUUCAGCAACUGAUCGUUUAUCCCAAGCUUCUGAAAAAGUUUCCGUCUUUCUGCAGAAAGCCUCUGAACAGACAGAAGGGUGCUUACCGACUCGCGAAGCUCUCUUGCGCUCCAUGGAAUGCCCAGACCCGGACGAUGAGAAUCAAAACCGUUUCGUUAUCCUCAUCUGCGAGUUGCUGGCCAUCUUCCGGCAAUUCUCAAAACCCUGCUUACCAGGUGCUGGACAAGAUGGAGGUUCUCCUUCGGAAGAUGCAGAGACGAAUAGAGGGUCUCCUGGGUCUCCAACUUCUAGAGCUUCUAAAAAUGCCAAAGCUGCAGGAGGUAAGGGAAAGAGUUUGGGUACGUCCUCUUCGUCGGACGCGAUCGACGAGGUUUCGAAAAUCAAAGAGGACAAAAUCACAAGGGUUCUGCGACUGCACGAAGCAAGAAACGACUCCGCGAUUCACGAAAUUUUCUCACGCAAAAAACUAGAUAGAAGUAGCAGCUGUCCUCCGACACUUGCUGAAGAGGCAGCUGUUGACGCACAAGUGCUGCUUGGAGCUGCAUCUACUCCUGAGACACUGGGGAAGGAACUCAAGACUCUGAAAGUCGAACUGGAGGAGAAGAAGGACAUUGAGAAAGUAGGCACAAACGUCUCUAGAAGAGGCUCAAAACUCGAAAAAUCUCAAACUGCCGCAGUGGAUAUUAUAUGGAGGCCUACUGGCGAUCUUGAGGACAAUCAUGCGGUAAAGCUUGACGAGGCGGAGACGACCAGCCCUCGUCAGGCACAAGAAGAGGCAACUUCAACUCCCUCUAGCAAAAUUGGCAUUUUUGAGACAACUGCAACAGGAGUCACUUCUUCAGCUUCUUCUGCAACAAUGAAGUCUUCGCCUGCUGCUCUUGAGCGGGAAAAGCGACGCAUGGAAUCAAUGGGGAGGGAGACUUCGGCAAAAGCACGGAAGAGCACGAACGUGCACUCAGGUCCAAACGUUGUGAGCCACUCUACAAGCGUGGCACAGGCAUCAAGCACGGCCACUUCUGCAACAGCGACUCAGGAAAUCACGGUGGAAGCGGAAAGAGAAACCCCUCCAGCUGCAACUCCUGCGCAAGAGGUUACUCCUGUUCGCGUGUUUCGAAGUAGCAACAGCAUUACCUAUCGAAGUAGCAACAGCAUUACCUAUCGAAGCAGCAACAGCAUUACCUAUAAAAAUCAACUUCUGAACAACGCUACGAAGGAAGUCGGAGUUGUGAAGAAGGACAUCUCCGAUCUCAUCUGCAAGAACAGGAAAGAAGAAGAUGCAAAUGCAGUUCUGGUACCUGAUGAUGGCAAAGGCAAGGAUACAACAACUCGAACUCUUGGUAGUGCGGACUACAGUGUGAAUGGUGAGGCGCCAAGCAGCGGCACAAGUGUAGUCGCACCUUCUAGGCCCACGUUGGAGGACGCCAAGAGCUCACCGGCUCGGCGUCCCAAUGCAGCUCAGAGGGAAGCAAGAAGGUCUUCGAGAUCUCAGAAACGGAAACGGGGAGGCAAGAGCGUGGCGCAGCAAAGUGCAGCAGCUGUACCGAGCAAAUCGCCAACCUAUUCUCCGGCACGAGUGUUAACCCCUAGUGCUACUAGUACGAUCAUAUACCCGCAUUACAUGAAACCCUUAGGUGCUAGUGGGGUUCCCGGAUUAAGCUUAAAAUACCAGCAAAGUUCGACUAUAACAUCUGGAGUUGCUGUUCGAACAUCUUCUACAAGUACAGGAUCAACAUUAAGUGCUGGGGGUGACUCGUCCUUGACAGCAGCAGGGUCCUCCUUAACCGCAGCAAGCAGAGUAGGACCUCAGCACGGCCAACAGCUCACGUCUGAGUUCAAUCGGCUUCCUGGCGUUAUCGCGGUUUACCCAAAAGACUUGGGGCCCAUUGACGUGCCUCCUUUGUUUGUCGUCGAAAAAAAGAUGCAGCAGCAAAACGAUCUACGUGCAGCUGCCCUACAGGAUACCGAAAGGAAUAACGAGGCACUGGCAGAAUCCUCGAAGAAGAAAGCCGGUCUGCAACUCUCGAGCAACAGUAAGUCUACUACGUCUGCUCUUGAAGCUAGUCCUGCUCACAGGGCUAUAAUUCCUCCAACAACACAAGCUGCACAGGUUACUGCGAUUGCCUUGGAGGAAGACGAAACUACUUUAGUUCCUACGAAAAGCAAAAAAUUGAGGAGCCCAAAAUCCCGCUCGCGAGGUCAAAACGAGACUGCUGAGAGCAUUAUUAGCGCUCUAGCGCCUCCAACGAUCGCAGUAAGGACAACACGAAAUUCGGAGGCUCUUAGGGCGACUUCAGCGACGAAAAGACGGUCCAACAGUCAGACGGACCCGGGAGACACCCGGACACCCUCCCGGGCCCCAGAGGAGCGGAUUAGCAGUAAUGGGAGACCUCUGUCGUUGCGUAGAUCACGUAGUCCAGUGCAGAGAGCAGAGUGGAUAUGAUAUGGUGUAUGCGUAUCUACGGUCGAAAGAGCAGAGUUGAUAUGAUAUGGUGGACGCACAUCUACUUCUGGGGAAAGAGCGGAGUGGAUAUGACAUGACUUCUUAGAAAGUAGAAGCAUCUUCGGGGGAAUGAGCAGAGUGGAUAUGAUAUUUUCCCUACAUCAAUUCAUUUUCCCUACAACGAGAAUACGUGGGCCAGUGAAAAGAACGGAUCACAACUUGUUAGAAAGUACUUCAAUGGAGUUCGCAACAUACUUAAUACUUGCAAAGACGAAAGCGAGAAUACUAGAGGUAGAGCAACUUAUUAUCUGAAAUUAGAAAGAGAAGACUAGGCACAGUUACAGCAGGAGCACUAACAUGUCAUAGAGAAAAACAACAAGGUUGCGGAAAAGAAAACGAUCACUUUUUUUUGAAUUUAUCGAACUCGCUUUUUGAACUAUUCGAACUCAUUUUUUGGAAAUGGCGGGUCUUGCAAAGGCAAGUCUGUAAGGCUGUUACAAUCUAAAAUUUCAUUCAUAAGUAGUUCUUGAUUGUCACGACAAACCGGUGACUCAGAAACCCACUCCUACUUGGUGACAAAUUCAGAAUGAUGUAGAGCAGCAGACGAGGCGUUAGUUUUUUCUAUACUCUGGUAUUUCCUAGGAUAUUGUUCGUUUGUGUUACAGAUUUAGAUAUAGUAGUGAAAAUCAAGAUAAUGGGAGCUUAUUUUUUCAAACGCAAUCACAAACGCAUAAUCAUAGUCAAGAUAACACGAGACCAACGAAGGGCCUUGUGGGUCGUCCAAAUCAUGGCGGCAGAGGCGGACAAGCAUUUGGAUCCGACGAGGACUCUGCCUGUUUUUUUGAAGAGACACGGACACCCC